AUGGAUCCAAACCAGUUUAAAGCGCUGAUGGAGCAGCAGAUGUACAUGUUCUCCAAGAUGAUGGAAGGAAUGCAACUGCGGUCGCAGAGUCAAGAGACACAGGGGCAGAGGCCGAGUGCUUCGAACGUGCAAGUUCCGCAGCCGUCACCGUUGGCAGUAGACGGCGAUAUGGAGGAGAAUAUGGAUUUCUUUGAGAAGAGCUGGAGGGAUUACGCCAAGGCCAUUGGUAUGGAUCGGUGGCCACAGGAAGAAAAUGGACAAAAAGUGAGUUUUUUGCUUUCCGUCAUUGGGGAGUCGGCGCGGAAGAAGUACUUUAACUUCGAGUUGACAACGGCGCAGAGUGUGGAUCCAGAUACGGCUUUGGCUGCCAUACGGCAAAAAGUGGUAGCGAAGAGAAAUAUCAUUGUGGACAGGCUCGACUUCUUUUCGGCAACCCAACAGGCUCGAGAGUCCAUCGACGAAUUUGUUUCUCGCUUGAAGACCUUAGCAAAGAUGGCUAAACUCGGAGUGUUGCAGACGGAGCUAAUCGCGUAUAAGGUGGUCACGUCGAAUAAAUGGCCAAAUCUUCGGUCGAAAAUGUUAACCGUUACGGACAUAACCUUGGACAAGGCGGUUGAUAUGUGCAGGGCCGAGGAAAUUACUGCGAAGCGAUCUCACGAACUGUCGAUACCGAACCCGGAAGUGGAAGUGAAUAAGAUCGAAAAAGGUAAAUCUCGUUACAACUACAAAUCGAAGAUGCAAAAAUGCAAGUUCUGUGGAGAUUACCUUGACUUUGUGCGAGGUUCGUGUCCCGCGUUCGGUAAAAAGUGUCAUAAGUGCAAACGAAGAAAUCAUUUUGAAAAAGUGUGUAAAUUGAACAAAGACAAAAGAAGGAAGUCACACAGAGUGAAGGAAAUAAAGGACGAGAGUAGUGAUCCCGAGGAGUCGACAUCGUCUUCUAAUGACGCUUCUUCGGAGGCUAGUGAGGACGAGUACGAGAUCGGCAAAAUUAUCGACAAUUCGGCAAAAGGGGGUAGCGUAUUGGCGGAGUUGGAACUUAAGUUCGCAAAAAAGUGGAAGUCGGUAAUUUGCGAGUUGGACACUGGAGCAAACACAAGCUUGAUUGGCUACGACUGGUUGGUCAAACUGACCGGGGAGAAGAAUCCGCAGCUGCUACCGUCCACAUACCGUUUGCAAAGCUUCGGAGGUAACCCGAUCAAAGUGCUGGGAGAAGUGAAGAUUCCGUGUCGUCGAAUGAAGCGGCGAUUCCGAUUAGUUCUACAGGUAGUGGACGUUAACCAUUGUCCUCUCCUCUCGGCAAAGGCAUCGCGGGUCUUGGGUUUCAUUAAGUUUUGCAAGUCAGUGAAAUUCGGGAAAUCAAACGGAAACGACCCUGAAAAUGUGUUGCGGGUGCAUAGGAUGGCAGCCGAGAAAAUCAUCGAGGAUCACAACGGAAUUUUCGUCGGCUAUGGGAAAUUCGACGGAAAAGUAUCGCUGGAAGUGGACCGUUCUGUACCACCAUCGAUCCAGCCUCCACGACGUGUUCCAAUCGCCAUGCGGUGCAAGCUGAAAAAAGAGUUGGAACUAUUAGAGAAGGAAGGUAUCAUCGUCCGAGAAGUGCUACACACCGAGUGGGUCAGCAAUCUGGUAAUAGUUCCAGAGACCGUUAGCAUCAGAAUUUGUCUUGACCCUAUUCCACUCAACAAGGCGCUGAAGAGGCCUAACCUACAAUUUGUCACUCUUGACGAGAUAUUACCAGAAUUGGGCAAGGCAAAGGUUUUUUCCACCGUCGACGUAAAGAAGGGAUUUUGGCACGUGGAGCUCGACGAAGCCAGCAGCAAGCUUACCACAUUUUGGACGCCCUUCGGUCGCUACCGCUGGACAAGACUACCGUUUGGAAUAUCAUCGGCGCCUGAGAUAUUUCAGAUGAAACUGCAGGAGAUCAUUCAGGACCUCGAGGGGGUGGAAUGCUUGGCGGACGACCUACUGGUGUUUGGAGUAGGCGAAACAAUGGAGGAAGCACUCAUCCACCACAACAAAUGUCUGAACGAUCUACUAAAUCGGCUGGAAUCCCAAAAUGUGAAGUUGAACAGGACGAAACUCAAGCUUUGCCAAACCUCCGUGAAGUUUUUCGGACACGUUCUGUCAAGCGAAGGUCUCCAACCAGAUAAGUCAAAGAUUACUACGAUACAGAACUUUCCCACACCACUCAACCGGAAGGAAGUACACCGUUUCAUUGGAAUGGUUAACUAUUUGAGUCGAUUUCUUCCGAACCUGAGCUGCAAUUUGACGAACCUGAGGAAAUUGAUUUCGGAGAUAGUUCCAUGGUGGUGGACGAACAUCGAAGAAGCGGAGUUCAAUCGAGUGAAAUCCUUGGUUGGAAAUGUGGAAACUCUACAAUACUACAACCCCCGGAAACCAUUAAUCAUGGAAUGUGAUGCCAGCUGCUUCGGGUUAGGUGUCGCCGUGUACCAGGAUGGAGGAGUAAUUGGAUACGCCUCAAGAACGUUAUCAGCAACGGAACGAAACUAUGCGCAGAUUGAAAAGGAAUUGUUGGCCAUUCUGUUCGGAUGCAUUCGUUUCGACCAGCUUGUGGUGGGGAACCCCAAAACAAUAGUAAAGACGGACCACAAGCCUCUCAUCAAUAUCUUUCAAAAGCCUCUACUAUCGGCCCCAAAGAGACUUCAACAUAUGCUCCUGAAUCUGCAACGUUAUAAUCUGGUGAUAGAAUUCGUAACCGGAAAAGAUAAUGUUGUAGCGGAUACUCUUUCGCGGGCCCCGUUCGAUGACAAGACAGUAACAGACGAAUACAGCAAGCUACGAGUCUACAAAGUUUUUGAGCGUGUCGAAGAUCUGAAGCUGGCCAAAUUUCUCAGCAUAAAGAGCAGCUGCUUGAACGAGAUCAUGGAUGAAACGAAAAAGGAUCCCACGAUGCAGACUAUCAUCACCCUUAUUUAA